AUGUCGGACAAUUUUGACAAGAAUCAUUCCGAGGCCGUUGAGCGGUCUGCUCCUCGCAGGAAGCGCGGCUGUAUCGGCAUCUGCAAGCGCUUCUGGUGGGUGUGCCUGAUCAUCUUGGUCAUUGUUGUCCUUGUGGUCGUACUGCCAAUCGUCUUCGUUGCCUACCCCCGGUUAGCCCAGCGCGACGUAAACCGAUCCACUCUCGAUGUCACAAACAUGGAUAUCACCAACCCAGGCCCCGAGUCAUUCCGUAUCAAGUUGCGACAGGUCAUCGGCACCAAGAGCGCAUUCCACCCCAAGCUCGACGGCUUCCCCGCCCAAGUCUUCCUCGACGGCAGCUCGACAGCUUUCCUUCACCUUAAUGUUCCCCCGGUCAAGGCCGUCAAUGGAGCCGUCGCCGAAAUCGAGGAGGACGUCAACAUCCGCUCUGCUAAUGCUUUUACUGACUUUGCCCUCGCUGUCAUGAAGAAGGAUAGUGUUGGUAUGAAGAUUUCGGGCAAAACUAUGCUCAAGCUUGGUGCUCUGCGCAAGACUCCUGUCAACUAUGACAAGGUUGUGACCCUGAAAGGCCUCAACGGCCUAAAGGGCUUCAAUGUCACUCAGUUCUCCCUGAUCCUUCCAGCUCGCGCAGACGGAACCAACAUGCGAGGAAAUGUCUUCAUCCCCAACCCAAGCGUGAUGGGCCUGACAAUGGGCAACCUCACCCUCAACCUCUCCGUCGACGGCCAGCCCAUCGGACAGUCGUUCAUGAACGACGUCGUCAUUCGCCCCGGCGACAACAACAUUGAAAUGACCUCCAAAGUCAACCAGACCAUCGUCAUUGGCCUCAUCGCCGGCCAAAAUGCGAAAUACAAGAAUGGUAUUCUCCCCAUUGGAAUCGUCGGCGAAUCAGCCACGUACAAUGGUAAGAAUUUGCCAUAUUUCACUGAGGCAUUGAAAUCGAAUACGCUCAAUGUCGAAUUAAAUGUCGGUUCUGCAUUGGGCGGAUUGUCCGGAAGGAAAUCCUAG